AUGCCUCCAAUUCCCGUAAAACAGCCAAAGACAGCCAAGCCAUUACCUUUAGAAGCAACCCUUAAGGACUUGUCGAAUAUGCACUCACGAAAUAUUGACCUGUCGGUUUUGCUGGAUCAGCCUGCUCAGGCUGUUUCAUUGAGUGACCAGUCCGAGGAAUCAGUCAAGCGGUCGCAAGAUUUUGUCAAAAGUGUUAGGAAUGCACUACAACUAGACGCAAGCGUUGCUGAACAAGGGGAUCGGGUGGAGGAUCCCAUGUUGUCUAUACUUCGAGGGCAUGAUGCCAUGAUCAUGUAUAUUUACCGGUUCUCACGUGAUAAACGCGACUCCGCUUCUGACCUUGACGCAUAUUCUAAAGUUAUGAGUUACGGAGGUGGAGGCUACUAUGGUGAUGGUGGCGGGUUUCUUUCUGGAAGUCAAGUAGGGGGUGGGAGCCAAGGUUCGCCUUCAGGUGGCAAGGCACGAAACGUCAACCAAUCGUUGCGCCCGGUCACAAUUCGACAAAUCUACACCGCUGAGCAGACACAUUCUGACGCCGACUAUAUCAUUGACAACUCGGAAACUACUCAAAUUACUCUUGUGGCUCAGGUAGUCGCUGCUAAUAAACAAGCCACAAAUAUCACCUACAAGUUGAACGACGGGACUGCCGAAAUCAAGGCUAAGCACUGGCUAGAAAACAGCGAGGAAGAGCCAAUAGGCCAUGGUCAAAAUGAACAUGUCUAUAUCCGGGUGGUCGGCACCCUAAAAACGUUCAGUGGUGAACGGCAAAUCAACGCGGUUCACACCAGGCUUGUGGUCGACCCCAUGGAGAUUUACUACCACCUUAUCGAAGCACAAUUGGUUCAUCUUCAUUACACACGUAGGGCCAACAUUGCCUCUGGCGCCGUGUCUGCUGGCGCUCCUGCCGCCUCAGCAUACCAAGCGGGCGGCAAAGGUCAACAAUCCAAGUUUGCAAAUUUCCCACCACUUCAGCGCCGGAUAUUGGAAGUUUUGGAACAACUCAUGCCUCAACACGAGCAAGGGGUACAUGUCACAACUAUUGCUAACGGCCUUAACGUACAGGCUAGUAUCGACGAGAUUGGAGCUACCAUGGAAAAACUGGCUGAGGAGGGUCAUAUCUAUGCCACAAUGGACGACGAACAUUUUGCAAUCUCGUAG